UUAUUAAGUGGAAUAAUGAUGUUUGGAAAUGAAGACAGAUUCAUUAAGUUGAUUUUCUUGCAAUUAUUUUUACAGGUUGUUGCAAUAGAUCCAGAUGCUGAUGGAUUUGGUCGCAUUCAGUAUUCACUCCCUCUCAACUAUGGUGCUCCACCACCGCCAGAAUUCUUCAUUAAAUCAGACACAGGCCAGAUCUGUACCACCAUGACUCUGGACUAUGACGUGUUACCAAGAGCUUAUGAGUUCCUUGUGCAAGCUUCUGAUGACGGCGGUCUGAGCUCCGUUGCCAGGGUGCAGAUAUCAUUGAUAGAUGUCAACGAUAACAGACCUGUUUUCUACCCAGAAUUUUAUAGUGAGAACAAGAGCGAAAGCACAGCCGUCAACACCAACUUGGUGACAGUCUUUGCCCAGGAUGCAGACUCUGGAGAUUUUGGCAAAGUAACGUACGCAAUAGUUGCUGGAAAUGACUUGAAAUUGUUUGCUAUUGAUCAGAACACAGGGAUUUUGAGGUUGAAUGGAAGCCUCAAUCGUCAACAGAGACCUCUUCACCGUCUUCAAGUGCAAGCCACAGAUAGUGGCGGCUUAACAUCGCUAAAAAAUGCCGAAAUCAGUGUAAGUGUGUUAGGGGCAGACGAUUCUAUUCCCGUCUUUGAUAUGGCACACUACGAAUUUAGCAUCUUGGAAUCGGCAGAUAGAUAUGACGUCGUUGGGACAGUACAUGCUACGAAUCAAGACCCAGCUAAUCAAGAUGUGAUUACAUACUCCAUCUCAUCCGGUGAUCCAAACUCGUACUUCAGUAUGAAUCCAACGACGGGGGAAAUUACUGUGAACACAUUAUUGGAUUUUGAGAGUGAUGAGCAAGUCACGCUUCAAGUUAAGGCUUCAAGUGGAAGCCCGCCCUCUUAUGAUGACAGCUUUGUUCUCAUUACAGUGCUAGAUGUUAACGACUACACACCAAGAUUCACAAGCAAUGAAGUGCAAAUUCCCCUGUCGGAAUCCACCCCUGUUGAUUCCUUUGUCUUCUAUGCCUCCGCUAGUGAUAUCGAGAAAGGUUUAAACGGUGAAGUGCGUUAUCGCUUCAAUGAAAAUCCUGAAGAAACUUUUUAUAUAGUCCAGGCAACGGGUGAAGUUAAGCUAGCCAAAGCUUUGGACUAUAAUGUGCGUGAUUUGUAUGUGUGUAAGAUAGAGGCAUAUGACUUGGGCACGCCAUCCCUUAGCUCAGUGUUGACCCUCGAAAUCCGCAUACUAGACAUGAAUGAUAAUGGACCUCGGUUUGAAAUUUCUCCAUACAACGUUGACAUCCCAGAAGAUCUAGCAGUAAGCCAGCGCUUCUUACAAGUCUCUGCCACCGAUAAUGACCGCGGUAGCAAUGCCAGGAUCACAUACUCCAUCCGUGCGAGCGAUGACGCUGCAUACUUUAGCAUUUUUCCUGAUACAGGGUUCUUGUACACCAAGAGCCCUCUAGAUCGAGAGCUCAAAGCUGAAUAUGUUCUUCAGGUCAUUGCCUCCGACAAUGGGGUUUUGCCCCAGAAUGCAACUGCAACUGUAUACGUCCAUAUCACAGACAUUAACGAUAACGCACCUCUGAUUGAAAGCGAAAGCUUCUACUUUUAUGUCACAGAAAACAUGGCCAUGGAUACAGUGAUUGGUACGAUUGGUGCAGAAGAUCGUGAUACAGACGAUAACUCGCACUUGAUUUUCAGCUUACGGGAAACAUCAAAGUUCCAGAUUAAUGCAAAUACUGGAGAAAUCACCACAACCAAAUCACUUGAUCGUGAAGUACUUUCAGCUUACGAUUUUAUAGUUGUCGUCGCAGACAGAGGUCAGCCUCCUCUCUCCUCACAAGCUGUCGUGCAUGUAGUGGUCAACGACUUAAACGACAACCCACCAACAUUUUUGAAUUCAAUGGCGUACACGGCUGAAGUAUUAGAAGAACAGCCUGUGGGAACCCCCGUCUUGCGUGUCGUAGCCUCCGAUCCAGAUAAGGGUACGAAUGGUAGCGUGAGGUACAGUCUGAUCUCGGGUACGGGAAGCAGAAUGUUCCACAUCAACCCUACGACUGGUGAGGUUACUACAACCCAAGUUCUUGACAGGGAAGAAGUCUCCCAAUACAUGAUAUCAAUACUAGCUCAAGAUGGUGGUACACCUCCAAUGGAAUCUACCAUUAUGGUGCAGGUACAAGUUAAGGAUGUCAAUGAUAAUCCACCCCUUGUUGAAAAUGAGACGAUCACAUUGACUGUGAUGGAGAAUGUACGACCAGGUACCGAGCUUGGGCGGAUUAAGGCCACUGAUGUCGAUGAGGGAGGGACUAGCAAAGUUACUUACUACAUUGUUGCGGGAAACGAUUUCGGCAUUUUUUCAAUCAAUCGCACCAGCGGCAGUAUCUUUAAUGUGAAAGAGUUGGAUUUUGAGUUCAAGGCGCAUCAUCAUCUUACAAUCGAGGUCCAUGAUAAUCAAAUCCAGCCACAAAGCACAACAGCUUAUGCAAAUAUCAACGUCGUAGAUGAAAACGACAAUGCUCCUGUUUUUGCUUCAAAUCCAAUUGGUUUUGGGGUGGAAGAGAACAUCCCUGCUGACCGGACAGUUUGGACAUUUUCAGCCACCGAUGCGGAUUCCGCUGAAAAUGGAGUGAUACGCUAUAGAAUUGCAACAACACAGAGUCAAUUUAGAAUUGGUGCUGAAUCUGGAGAGCUGAUAACAAUUUCUACCAUUGAUCGAGAGUCCUACCUACAAUCCCGGAUUACUCUGGUCGUUGUCGCAGAGGAUCAAGCUGUGGAUCCUGCAGAUCGUUUGAUGACCUCGGUGACUGUUCAGAUUGUCAUAGAAGAUAAGAAUGACAACCGACCUGUGUUCACGUCUAGACCACAAACUUUUGCAAUGGAAGAUGAACCUAUAGGGUAUCCUGUGAUUCAUGUGGUGGCCAUUGAUAACGAUCUUGGUGAGAAUGCACGCGUAGUUUACCAGAUUACCUCCGGCAAUGAAGAUGGCAAGUUUCUACUGGAUGCUAUCACAGGUGUUUUAUCAGUGGCUGAAUCCCUUGAUCGUGAGCACAGGCAUGCCUAUAGUUUGAACAUCACUGCUACAGACAAUGGAUUACCCCAACUUAGCAGCACGCAAAACCUGACCGUGUUUGUGGAAGAUGUGAAUGACAUGCCCCCGCAUUUUGAACCGACCUCCUACAUCAUGAAUGUGUCGGAGAACAUGCUACCAGGCACCGUGAUUGGUCAGGUGUAUGCUACAGAUGGUGACACAGGUGAAAAUGGAAGAUUGACCUACAACAUCCCAAGUGGAAUUGCUGAUGACAUGUUUACGGUAGUUGCAGACACAGGAGAAUUAAAGACCACUUCUCAAUUAGACAGAGAGACAAAGGAAACUUAUAUUGUUACUGUGUACGUUCGAGACAAUGCUUUUCCAGCGCGGUAUGACCUGGCGUCUGUGCUUGUCAACGUUGUGGAUGAAAAUGAUCAUCCACCGAUGUUUGGUGUUGACACAUACCAGCUCGAUAUUCCUGAGAAUCAGCCAGGUACCGUGGUACAUACUGUUGCCGCAACUGAUAACGACUUUGGCGUGAAUGGUGCUCUUGAGUAUUCUAUCAUUGGAGGGAAUGUUGAUAACAGUUUCAGCAUAGAUCCGGUUACUGGGCAACUUGCCACUACUGGUGCGUUGGACCGUGAAACCACUGAGCAUUUCUCCCUCGUCAUACAAGCCAGUGAUGGCGCUGAUCCUUCGAUGACCGCCACGAUGGUAAUCUCUGUAGAUGUUGGAGAUCAGAAUGACAAUGAUCCAGUGUUUACAUCCCAGUCAUAUUCGGCUUCUCUUCCUGAGAACACGCCUCAGAACACAACUGUUCUUACGGUACAUGCUGUGGAUGAGGAUUUGGGGGUUAAUGCCGCCAUUCAGUAUUCGUUGGAUAACAGUACACAGGGUCUGUUCACUAUUGACCCAGAUACUGGGAUUAUUCGCACAUCCGGAACAUUUGAUUUUGAGGUUCGUCAUAGUUUCAUAUUUGAGGUUAAAGCCACAGAUGGUGGUCCGUAUGGACCAAGAACUGAAAAAGUUCAGGUGACGGUCGACAUCACAGACGUCAAUGACAAUGCACCAAUAUUUGAGACUGAACCAAUCCUAGCUAAUAUUACCCAGGAUGCCAUGCAGAAUACUUAUGUUACCACGGUGAAGGCUGAGGAUAAAGAUUCUAAUGAUAAUAGUAGAAUAAAAUUUAGCAUUGAUGAGGAUAAUAUUCAGUAUUUUACAAUUGAUGAAGACUCAGGGGUGAUCACGGUUAACAGCCAACUGUCACCAUCCAUUCCUCUUUAUCGCUUUGAAGUAAUUGCUACUGAUCAGGGAACACCUCCCCUCACAAACAGUGUGGUUGUGGAGGUGAGGGUUGGAAAUGCAGCCAUCUCGUCUUUGAACUUUGAUGCUCUUGAAUAUGAAGCAAGUAUUCCAGAGGAUGCACGGUACAACACGCCAGUGCAAACAGUUCGUGCCGAGCAUUCGGACAAAAACAACAACUCACCGAUCAUGUACUCCAUCAUACGAGGCAAUGACGAUGGUGCCUUUUUCAUUAAUGAGAAUUCAGGUGCCAUAACUGUUGCACAAGAAAAUGUCUUGGACUAUGAGACAACAGCUAAUGUCCAACUGCUUGUGCAAGCUAAGUCAGAGUCCGGGGGAACAGUACCAGCGCAAGGUUAUGCCAAAGUUAAUAUUCACCUACAAGACUCAAACGACAACAGUCCAAAGUUUGGACAGGAGCGAUACGCUACAACGGUUUUCGAAGGCAGUAAUGAAAACUAUUAUGUGGUGAAGGUAUCGGCAACUGACGAUGAUACUGGAAGUAACGCUCAGAUUACUUACCGGUUCGCCAACACAGGACAAAGCGACCACUUUCGAAUCGACCCCCUGACCGGCAUUAUUACAACAAAUGUUCAAUUAGAUCGCGAGGUUGAAGAACAGUACAAGCUUACAUUGGAGGCAGUCGAUGGAGGCACUCCACCAAAUACCGGAAGUGCCACAAUCAAGAUUAGCAUCAAUGAUAAGAAUGACAAUGCCCCUUACCUGCCUAUCAUCCAACCAGUGUCAAUCAAUGAAGGUGCAAAAGUUGGUACAGUUGUCUACCACGUCCAAGCUAAUGAUGCAGACAAGGAUCCAACUCUGACCUAUGACAUUGUAGAUGGGAACAUCAACUCUGAAUUUCAAAUCGAUCGUUUUAGUGGUACAGUCACGUUGAAUGCUCCGUUAAAUCGUGAAGAACGAGAACAAUACCGACUUAAGAUAAGUGUGUUUGACGGAGUUGAGACGGCUGAGAGAGAUAUGGUCGUAAACGUGUUGGACGAGAAUGACAAUGCACCUGUUUUUAGUGAGCAAUCGUAUGAGGUUACCAUACCUGAGUUGACCCCGCCAGGUUAUGCAAUCGAGACAGUAAAUGCCACAGAUAUGGAUGAGGGUACGAAUUCUCAAAUUGUAUACAGCAUGGGAGUAGCACCCAUUCUAGGCUUCUAUGUCGACCCAAUAACAGGAACCAUAUAUACCAACCAAACAAUUGAUUACAACCCUUCUCAACCAGUUAUUCAACUGGUUAUAACAGCAACUGAUCAUGGAAACCCUCCUCUUUCGGCUGUCGUUGCAGUCAGGAUACAGGUUACAGAUGUUAAUAAUAAUUCGCCAAAUUUUGAGCAAAAUUUGUACGAGGGAUCUGUGAUGGAAAAUGCUCCAAUUGGUUCAGACGUCCUAGCUGUACAUGCCGAAGACAGUGAUCCAUCCUACGACAACAACAACAUAUUCUACAGCAUUAUUUCGGGAAAUGAAGAAAAUGCGUUUCGUGUCGAUGGUAACAGUGGUGAUAUAACUGUGUUGGGCUUACUUGAUCGUGAGCAAAAGAGCGUUUAUACCCUGGUUGUACUUGCCACAGAUCGCGGUAGUCCACAGCGAAAUUCAACUGCCGAAGUAGUUAUUACGAUUACUGAUGUUAAUGAUCACAGUCCAGUGUUUGAAUCUGCCGUAUACCGCGGUAAUGUUAGCGAAGCGGCAGAUAUUGGCACGUCUGUUCUUGAAGUGCGUGCCACCGAUGCAGAUGAAGAUGCAAAGAUACGUUAUGAAAUCAUAUCUGGUAACGAUAAAGACUUGUUUAAAAUUGAUAUAAGAAGUGGUGUGAUAUCUGUUAAGAGUAUACUAGACCAUGACGUUCAAAAUCCGCAAGUUGUUUUAUCAGUACAGGCUUCUGAUGACCUGCAAUUAAGUGAGGUUAACGUAAUUAUUGAAAUCUUGGACGAGAAUGAUAACAAACCAUAUUUUCCAUCUCUUAUGUAUAUCGAAAGUGUGAAGGAGAACCAGCCAGUUGGCACAUCUGUCUUCACAGCUCAGGCUGAGGAUAAGGAUACUGGGAUUUAUGGAAGUUUAACGUAUUCAAUACAGGGUGGUGAUGGCCAAGAUUUCUUCAGUAUUGAUCCGAACACAGGUGAGGUCACAACACUGGUUGAGUUUGAUUAUGAAGACACUGAUGUUUAUCGAAUCCAUAUCCUUGCAACAGACUAUGGUGGGGAGAAGAAAGCUGUUCAAGCUCAGGUAGACAUAAAGAGCGUUGAUGAAUUUCAACCAGUAUUCUCAGUGUUGGAGUAUCAGUUUGAUGUGCCAAGUGAUGCCGCAAAGGGAACCUCUGUUGGUACUGUACAUGCCACUGACCAAGACAAAGGUGAAGAUGGCGUGGUUCGUUACUCUUUUGAAAACUUUGAAGAAUACUUUGUCAUUAAUGAAACAACUGGUGUGAUAUCUGUUAGUAAGAAUAUGAGUGAGGCUCGUAAAAAGCGCUCUGCAAACGCAAAGAAAAGAAAAAUUCGCGAAGCUCCAGUACAAGAGGCAAUUCUUGUGAGAGCAAGCACCGGGCGACCGGACUCAUUAGAAGCAAGAGCAACAGUAACAGUGGUUGUAGAACCUGCUACGCAUAUUGGCACAGGUAGUAAUCUCAAUCUCAUCCUGGCCAUCACUCUACCUUUAAUUGUCAUUGUUCUGAUAAUCCUAGUUAUUCUUCUGUAUCUACUGUUGAAGCGUCGAAAUGGGCAACAGAAACCAAACAAUACCUACGCACAAGGUAGAUACUCCCCACCGACUUACGACUCAAGUACCUUUGACAGAGUUGAUAUGUCGCACGGUAUUAUGGCUAAUGGUGCAAUACCAAUCAGCCCAGCAGACAUGCAUCGUAUUGGAAAUCUGUACGCAAUGCGCGGUGCAAACAGCUCCAUGGAAGUAGGCCACUUAACGCGUACUGAUAUUUCAGAUCAGUCGAACUCCGCCUCUAGUGGACGGGGCUCUACCACUGUGGAAGACGAGGAGAUCCGCAAGAUUAACGAGGGCUCUAGAAAGUCUGACCACUCGUCAAAUCAGCGUGAUAAAGUAAUAGACUCUGGAAUUCAACACGAUCACGAAGACAAUGGAUCUGUCUUGGACGAUAAUGAUAUUUUACAAAAUGGUAAAGUCAUAAAUGGUUUCCUUAGCAGUAAAAGUGUUGAGAGUAUGCAUGUAUUUGGAGAGGAAGGUGGAGGAGAAGCAGGAGGCGGAGUUGAUAUCGGAAAUAUUAUUUAUGCUAAGCUUGAUGAGGUGGGUGCGGAAGAGGACGAUGCUGUCAUGGAUGGCACAAGAUCAUUUGGGUUUGAUGAUCACGGCCAGCCCUCCAUGGCAGGCUCGUUGAGCUCAAUUGUCAACAGCGAUGAAGAGUUCUCUGGCAGCUACAAUUGGGAUUACUUACUCGAUUGGGGGCCACAAUUCCAACCAUUAGCACAUGUCUUUGCAGAAAUAGCCAAACUCAAAGAUGAUAGUGUUGCAAGGAGACAGAUAGAGCAACGUCCACCUCAACAGAAAUCAGCAUUUCAACCUAAACUCAAAACACAUCCUCCUCCAUUAAUCACAUCAAUUGCGCAAGGACCAUUUAAACCAGUUGUGCCUAGUAGUUCAUCUCGUACAAGAGACUCCUCACCACGCUCUCCAAUAUCACACGAAAAUAUAUUUCAGUCAUUGGCUGUUUCCCCAGACCUUUCACCGUCACUGUCACCUCUGGCUCCUGGAUCACCAUCCAUCUCCCCUCUUGUGACAUCAACUGGGUUGAGUUCAUUGCAAACAAACUCGGGGCAAGUGACACCUCAAAGGAUGAAUAAUCGUGGACAUUAUUCCGUCAAAUUACCCCCUCUGGGUAGUGGUAAUCAAGAAGAAUUCCAGAUUUGAACAUUGCCUUGUAUAUUUAUGCAUAUACUGUAUUAUGAAUUUAUGCUUAUUUAUUGAAAACGUUUUUGAAUUGUAUUCCUGCCUGUUAAACCAUAUUCAAGCCUAGUGAGAUAAAAUUAUAUAAAAACAUAUAGUAUUUUUAUUGGUAAUAUUGUUAUUUAGUCUAUACAGUAUGUGUAUUAAUUAGUCUCACUUGAUUACCUUAAUUAAUGAAGUCUGUUUACUAAUUAUUAUUAAUUUAGGUGUAGGUAGUAUUUUAGGUUAUGAUACAGCAUUAGGUAAUGUUUAUCAACAUUGCCUGAUGUUAGUGUGAAGUGUGUAAAUCGCUGCAUGGAUCACUCAAGCCAAGUUUUCUUACAAUAAUGCUUCCUCCCUUGAGCAUUAUGGGAAGCAAAUGAUGUGAUUAAAUUAUAUGUCUUUAUACUUUUAUAAACUGUAUAAUGUUUUCUCUAAAUAUGAUAUUGUACAUAUUAGAUAGAUAAUGUAUAUUGUUCGUAAUUUUUUUAUUGCAAAGAUUUUGCUGUAAAACAUCAAAAAGCUCAUUAACUUAAUACUUUAUGAGCAUAAUAUGAAACCAAUUAUAUGAACUUAACAUAAUUUCAUAUAAUUAUUUUCUGUAUGUAAAAUUAAUUUUCAUUUUUAAAGGAAAACUACAUCCUAGAUGUUGUCUUUAUGAUAAUUGUUUUAAUUACAAUAUUUCUGGGACUUAAUUUUCUCCUCAGAGACCAUUGUUUUAAUGUGUUGUGGGCUAGCUUUGCUUGACAUUAAGAAGUACUUAAUUUUAUACCAAAUGUUUCCAAAUAAAUUUUCCACUGUGACGUCUUCAAUAAACUUAAAUUUUGAAUAUUUAAUUUGUACAACAAAGAUUUAUAUAUUGUGCUCUGGACAUUUCUUCAAACAUCCUCUUAUAGAAAUCAUUUUUUUUUGUUAAUAAAAUGAAAAAUACAGUGUUUAUAUAU